GACGCCCGCGCGCUGCCGCCGGCUGAGGGACGCGGCCGGGGCGGGGGCGAGCGGCGGGGGCAGGGUCCGGACGGCGGACAGAGCGACGGACAGACACACCGGCCUGCUGGCGGGGCUGCCUGCGGCCGCCAUGGAGGUGUGCGAGAGCGGYGGGGAGCAGCCGCCGCUGCUGCACUGGGACCGCAAGCUGAGCGAGCUGUGCGAGCCCGCAGACCCCGACACGCUGCUGAGCCGCACGCACUUCACAGAGUUCCUGGAUGAAUUUUCACCUGAUGUCCUAGGCCAGCUCUUGAAUGAUCCUUUCUUGUCUGAGAAGAAUGAAAUCAUGGAAGUGGAGCUGUCUCCGGCAUCCCCAGCGCCCCUCAUCCAGGCAGAACACAGCUAUUCCCUCUGUGGGGAUUCUCGACCCCAGUCUCCCUUGACACACAUCUCUACUGAUGACAACUUYAAUGAAGGUGACCUGGAAAAUGAGGAAUGGUGUCUGGCUACGGAGUUUACUCCAGCAUCAAUAAAGACUGAGCCGGGGCUGUGUGAGACAUCAGGCCUUGCUCCCUCAGUCAGUCUCACUGUCACRGCCACGUCGCUGGAGGGGGAACAGCCUGAGCUGCACACAGAUGCCCUGAUGAAACCACUGACCCAGAAAGUUCUUCCAGAGAUUAAAUUGGAGCCCCAUGAAGUGGAUCAGUUCCUGAACCUCUCUUCUAAGGAAGCAGUGGAUCCCCUGCAUUUGCCUCCCACCCCUCCCAGCAGCCAUGGCAGUGACUCUGAAGGAGGGCAGAGCCCGGCUCGGUCGCUCCCUCCUUCCAGCCCUGUCCAGCUCCAAGCCACGCCUAAAGUUCCAUCACGCACGGCUUCAGUGCUCUCCAAUUCCCCUCUCCUGACUGCACCACAUAAAUUGCAGGGGACUGGCCCGCUCAUCCUGACAGAGGAGGAGAAGAGAACGCUGAUAGCAGAGGGCUACCCAAUCCCUACCAAACUGCCCCUGACAAAAGCAGAGGAGAAAGUGCUAAAGAAAAUCCGCAGGAAAAUAAAAAACAAGAUCUCUGCCCAGGAAAGUAGAAGRAAAAAGAAAGAAUACAUGGACAGUCUGGAAAAAAAAGUCGAGACCUGCUCGAAUGAAAACAGCGAGCUGCGUAAGAAGGUUGAAGUCCUGGAGAACACUAACAGAACACUUCUGCAGCAGUUGCAGAGACUCCAAGCCAUGGUCGCUGGCAAAGUGUCCCGCUCGUGUAAGGCAGCCAGCACACAAACGGGGACCUGUCUCAUGAUGGUGGUGCUGUGCUUUGCAGUAGUUUUUGGCAGCUUCUCUCAGAGCUAUGGGCCAUACCCUUCUGCUACMAAGAUGGUGUUGCCCAGGCAGCAUUCCUCACCAGAGUCCUACACAGAUUCCAUUGUGAGGUCAAGGAGUCUACUAAUUUAUGAAGAGCCUUACCAGCUGGAGGAGUCAUCAAGCCCCGUGUCCUUUGCAGAUCGCAAGGACAGGCAAGCAGACACCUCCAAGUUGCCAGCACUGUCCCUGGAAGCUGUGGCAGGGACACAGCAGGAUGACAUCAUGCAGUUCACAAUAGCCAACGAGACAAGGCUGGAGAAAUCAGUGCUGCUGGGCUUGCAGCAGCACAGAGUCAACUCCGAACUAGAAGGAAAUGAAAUACUGAAGAUAAUUGAAAUAGAUAGAAGAGUCAAUGCCACCUCUUAAAAAUAAAAAAGGCCUUUUYUCUUGACUUCCCUCUUUCCCACAUAUUUUCAACCAAAGUUCCCCUGACUUGUCAUCCUCAGUGAACCAAAGUACAAAAGAGAGGGAGUUCAACUUCUGCAUUGACUGGUGAGGCUGUGAUUACAGAUGGGAUCUCUUGUCUCUGUAACUCCCUUCCUCACGUCGCACACAGUCCCUGUCUCUGCUUUUAUCCCUUUCCUGUCUAGUACUGCAAGGGCAGGAUYGAAUUACCAUGGGAGUGCCUGGUGGGUGUGUGUGCUUGUACCUCCACACAUCCUGAUCGGAGCACAAAGACAUUCUGGAGAAGGGGGAAUUGUGCAAAACCCAUGGGAGCGUGUGGGUGACAGGUUUUUUUGGGAGAAGGUGACAGAGAGAGAGAGGAGAUGCAGCAUGAUGGUGCUUAGAGCCUCACCAGCUCCGUGCCUGUUGGUGUGCAGCACUUUUGGGGGGAUGAAGAAGCGUGAGUGCAGCCUGCUUUUGAAGGGACAAGGAAGGGCCCUGACACUGCUGGGUUCACAGCACAGGCAGGAGGGGGCUGGUCCAUGAUGCUGCUGAAUUGUCCUCCCCCAGCUCUUUCUCUUCUCCCCUCCCCUCUUCAUCACUUAGCAGGGUGGGUUUCUCCUUCAUUGAAAGCAGCCCUGGUAGGCUUCCCUGCUCCACCCUUGAGAAAUUAAGCAAAGAUCAGUCACUGUCUGACCGCACUCUGUGUGGGAGAAUUACACUAGUUUAACUGAAUCUAUGUAGAAAGCAGGUUUUGUUACAUUUAUGCAAUAUUUCAGAUGGAUGCCCUUUAGUCUGYUUAAUGCUAAUCUGUUUAGCUUAAAUCAGUUCCUUCCCAACAAACUAAAUCAAUGUAAGGCUUAAACCAGAAGUGCCUCCUGAGAGGACCAUAUGGAUUUCAUUUAUUGGCUUCUAGGCAGUGGAUGAAAWUUUUUGUGCAGACCCAGUCCCAGAUUGUCUCAUGUUUUCCUUUCCUUGCCAUCUUCCUGUUACUGUUGUAAAUAGUAUUUAUUAGCUUUGAAAAAUUCUGUUCAGGCAGUUGCAAUGAAGAGAACUGAGCUUUCCUUACCCUGCAAAUAAUUUGGGCAGACUCUGAAAUAGGACACACAAACAUCAYUGAACACUCAUUUCCUCCCCUAAAACUUGAAUUGUUCUAAAAUAAAGCCACGUGUCUUGUUUUCCUCUUGCCUGCUUUUGCAAAGAUGUGAUCUGAGUCCAAGUGCUUUGGGUACAGAUAGGCUCAGUUCAUCCUAGAGCUGAUGGAUUUGGAACUGCAUGGCAAGGCAGCCUCUGAUCCGAGGAGUUGAUUGUGUAGGCAUUAGAGCUGUCCARAGAGGAAUGAGGUGAGCCCAUGGGGUCUGAUCCCAGUCCAGUUCUCUUCUCCAUGCUUUGUUCCCUGCUUGUCCCGUGUUGUUGAUGUUUUCAAGUGUCCCCUCUCGCUCUCAGUGCCCUGGUCAUGCCUUUGCUUGAGCUGUGCUACUCACAGUUUGUCCUUGCAGGGGCAYAGUUGAACUCAGUCCAGAAUUUGAGCAGGGUUUUAUCUGGUUCUUACAGAAGGGUGCUCAUGCUCUAUUGAGGAUGGAAUUAAUGUGAAAAUCCUAAUUCAGCAGGAUAGCAUAGCUACUUUACCAGAAAGUAGUUUACCAGAAGAAGUCAAUUUAAAAAAAAAAAAAGUAAUUUGAAGCUUUUUUUUCUUUUAUUUUUUUUCCUAAUAAUAAAUAAGGGAAAAACUAAUUUUUUACUAUGUACAGUAGAUAUUUCCUGCAAGUAUUCUAUUUUGUAAAAUAUUGAAUUUGUAUUUUAUUACAGUAGCUGUCACCACCAGCUUCUUUCUUGCUCUUCAUUCUCCUUAGACUUUCUUCCUUCGGCAUCCUAUUUGCCACCCUCAGGCCUGACUCGAAAUUCAGUGAAAUGAAUGGAAAGGAUUUGGUGAAUUGGAGGGGACUGUGGGUCAGUCCCCUCUGUGCCAUUUUAAGAAAGUGUUUCACUGUAGUGAUUGUGAAACAAGUGCCUGACUCCAUGAGCUAGUGCUGAGUUUUGGUGUACAGAUGUGCUUUUCUAGGUAAUGCCCUAUUCUUCCAUGCAAGUGCCUUAUUCUUUUACCUGAGGUGACAAUGAGAGGAGAAAUGCUGUUGUAGUCUUACUUGGCAAAAGUUCCCUUCUUGGCAUGGGUCAACCCCCACCACAAAGUUUCCCUUCACUGUGAUCCUGCUGAGGUCUCUGAAUCAUUCCAGUAUCCAUUAACAACUUUUGUGUUUGGAGUUUUUUAAAAUGCUUUAAAGUUUCACAUAAACAGUGAUCACUGGUGAGUGCCACAAGGAAUGGCUGCAUUGCUCAGCCACYUGAGGUCAGCAAAGUGACAGGAGAAAGCUGGCAUUGACCCCGACUGGUCAGCAUAAGGGGACAAGGUCAUAGUUCAGAAAAUUCCUGAAAUGUUCUUUAUUUUCCAAGAGCACCCUUGGUUUGCUGCCUCUGAGGGCAGGCAGGUGUUGAAUGUUUUGCAGCAGAGGCCCCAGGGUGUGAAGCAUAGCACCARUUCCCAGUCUGGCAGUUCGCUCCUGCCCACUGCCAGUUAAAUGGAUCACCUCCCAUUGCAGAUACAGCUGACUUACUUCACUGUGUGAAAACCAAAGUGGAGUUAUUUCUCACUUCUUAAAGRAUAGAUGAGUUUGCACAACCAAAAUGGCUCCUCCUCUCUGAAACCCACUGCACUGGCCAUUGUUAAAACUUUGCCUUUUUUUUGUUUAACUUGGGCAUAUUGGUUCAAAUCUGGUUGGAAGAGAAACGUGUUUUCAUCCUGAGCAUUUUAAACUGGCCAUGGUCUGGGUCAGGCCUCUGUACUAAAUCAUCCAAGCCAGUAUGGCCAUACUGAUUUCUUGUGUUUGAUCAUCUAUUUCUAUAAUCUUAAUUUGUGUAAUCCUUUAAGUUAUUUUUAGGUACUCCUGUAGGCAAUCUCUUGACCUAGCACACACAUGGCUUGGGGAUUUAUUGUAUGACAURUUACUUCUUUAUAAUAAGGAAAAGCUUUGCUUCACUUUGGUUUGUUUGUGAUCAUUUUUCUUCAGGGGCCUUAACAGAACAGGUUUCUCUGCUUGGGGCCAAGGAUUUCCCUGUCAUCAGCUGCUCACAGGCUGUUUGUGACAAGGAGCUCACAGUCUCCAGAGGCAGUUUGUGCCUGUUUGUGCCCAAURAAAGUGCUUUUAAUUAGCUCUAUUACCUGAGGUCCUAGCCUUCUGCCAGUGUGCUUUUUCUGGUGAUCAGUGAUUUGGUGCUGUAGAAUCAUGUGUGUGUGUGUACAGGCCUUAUGUGCUGCAUAAUUUCCAUUUCCAGUAGAGGACUUAAGUGAUAAACUCAGGAGUCCUCAGCUGUAAGGUUAUGCUGCUUGUCAGCACAAUUUUACACACACUAGUAAACUUACCUUUUGGCCUGCAGCUUUAAAGCAUGCCUAGAUCUAUCAGGUCUUUGCUUCUAGGGACAUAAGCUAUGAAGGAAUGUAGGGCAUUAUUUUAUAUAUAUAUGUAUAUUUUAAAAGUAUAAAGCACAGGGCAUGUGAUGUUUCUAACCUUGUUACCAGUGUGUAGAUAAUGUUGUUUUUUUUUUCCCCCCAGGCUAUUUAUAGUUCUUUGCUGCAUUUCUUUCAUUUGAUCUGCACCAUUCAAUAUUUUUCAGCAGCACAGACUAAUGGAUUAGGCUGAGGWUCUUAGGCCAGAUCCCAGCUGAUASAGCCAGCAUGGUUCUCACACACCRCUCAUGAAGGCUGCAGGUCUGAUUAAUACUGACAGGAGACCCCUUCCUCCACAUCUCUCUGUGUAACAGUAUAUCUCAAUGUGUUCUUGAUUUUUCUAACAUAGACCAAAAAUUAAUCUAAAACCUCUUUUUUUUCCCUGUUAAAGAAACCAACCCAUCUCUCCACUCCCAUCCGCCCCCCAAACUAUCAGUGGUGAAUUCUGUCUAGACGCUUUUAGAAUGUAGGUCAAGGAAGUGAAUGAUGCUAAUUGCUACGUUGGGAGGGAUUUCCACUGAGUAUUUGGGCUCUAGAUUCUAGCUAAUGCCAAGAGGCCAUUGUUCAAAACCCACGCAGCUAAGAACAGAGGAAUACGGAGUAUUUUUAUACCCUUGGUGACUAAAAUAUUUCCYUCUCGAGUCACUAAUUAAAAAGGGAACAUUUUGUAAUUUUGAAGGUGAAAUGAUAGGUCAGUACUUUGUAGCUACAGAAGUUGUCCCAGCUUAUAUAACAGUGUAGUGCUAUGAUGUGUUGCUGCUUUGCACUAUCURAUGUUAAAGUUUAACAAUUUUGGGRGUUGCAGAGGGGAAUGAACUGAUGUACACGUUAAGUAAGGUCUUUACAAAGAAGAUGUAAGGAUUCAAUCCAUGUUGUAGCUUUCUCAUGGCUAUUAAAGUGACAUUGGGCUUUCAGAGCAUUGGUUGAUCCUGAUUAGUAAUGCAUUGCUUGGGUGAUCAGCAUCCACUGGGGACUCCAGGAUUGAGAGGGAGAUUGCAAUUUGGGUUUCUCAUUUUCAUGUCAGGCCCUUUUUUGCUUUACCAAGGUGUACAUAUAAAUAUACAUAUGAAUCAAAUUCCUGUGUAGAAAAAGUGCAUUUUGCAGGAAACUCAUUUGUGAUGCUGUUUGUAUCUGAUGCUGAAUGGAGUUUGGAUAUUCUUAAUUAGCAKUAGUCUCUUGUCUGCCCUGCAACCRAUCUCCAGAUUCUUCCUCCAAGAGCUGCAGCUAAAUAGGUUGAGAACAGAAUGUGGGAAAGCUGAUUCKUAGACCUCCCUUAGGGUGAAAGAAAAGGCAGGUGAAGGGACUUCUCACAUCACAGGGAAACCUCUAGUUCUCGAUUCCAUAAAUCAGCCAUGAGAGCCUCUUUCAUUAGUUACCUGCCAGGUUUAGCUUGACUCCUAUUCCCCUUGCUCUUUAACAUUGUUUGUGCAUAUCUGACUUUUAUAUUAUAUCCCACUUUCCCCUCCAAAUAGCARGUAAAAAUGUAUUUGAACCUUAGCAGUCCAUAAUGAAGGGAGUGGAAGAGAGAGAGAGGGAAACAGAGKCAGGUAAUGGAUUUUUUAAACAGAACUCUGGUCAUAUCUGACUUUACCAUAACAGAUUUUAGUUCAGUGGUGCUGAUAUUAUGACAUCUUGCUUUCUUCAUUGGUACAGUUAGCAAGAAUGAGUGUGUGUGUGUGUAUCUGUGCACAUGUGCAUGGUGAAUAAUCAAAAGGUAUCAAAACCYACAGAGUUUUCUUAAUGUAACACAUGUUGCUAAAUAAAGGCAUCUACCUGAACACACAGGGCACUUUGGGCUUGGUGCAGCAGAAAGUCCAGGCAUUUCUCUCUGAAACCUGUUCACAUUCCACAUCACUGAGCACUCAUAGAACUGUUGUGUGAAUUGCUGUCCUGUGAUAAUUGUCGACUGAGUGUUGUGCUGUGUCAUUUUGUGUGUGCAUAGACUGUCUGGCCUUUCUGUAGAACAGUUCUGGCUUGGUACAAAAAAAGAACUAUUUUAUAUUCUGGUAUCAUUUUUGGUCUGUAGCAUUAUGGCUUUGAAUGUGUUUUUUCUUUUUUUUUUUUUUUUUUUUUUUUUUCUUUUUUUUUUUUUUUUUUUUUUUCCUAAGUGGUGUAAAUUAGCCUUAAAAGGUGGCUCCUGGGAGGUGACAGCUCAAGGAACAGAGUUUGUUGGGCUGGUCUUCUGGGAGAGGACCUAAAGAUCCCCCUUCCUCUCAGAGGGUGGUGCAAGUACAUCCCAAUUCYCCUGAGAUUCACCUGGCCUUCCGAGGGUGAAUUACCUGGUGUUCCUCUCUUGAAGAGAAUUCCAUAUCCAGGGCCACUCAUGAUGAAAUCACUCUGCUGUGACACCCCUAAGGCACUUGAGCUGAUCUUUCCCUCUCCCUCUGUUCAUGUGAGUGCAGUGGAGGUUUGUGCAAACAUUAAAACUAUCUAAGAUGACAGGGACAGUGAUGCURGUGCAAAAGCAGUCCCCCAACUCCUUGGUAAACUUCCCUGGGGCCUCUUCUGGCUGCAGAUAUCUCUUCUCUUGCCAUGUCUGUUUGACUCUGUGUCUGUGUUCAGUGCCUGUCUGUUUUUGUACAAGUGCUGUCAUCUGGAUACGAUCCCACCUGAUUGUUCACACUGCAAACAUGUCCAUUGGGUGGAAAGAAAUUGCUGUUUUUCCUUUUUAAAUCGUCAUCUGCCCGAUUCUGUGAGAGAACAGACUACCUGCUUUUGUAGCCUAAACAUGUAUGUAGUGAAUAUGUUAUGCUUUUCAUUUCUUGCAAAUAAAUAUUUUCUGUAGAAAAAAAA